AUGGCCAGUAGCAGACCAAAACGACAACCGAAACCUGUUAAACGUGAUGAAUUCAUUGCGAUUCGUUUGGAUUCACAAUCUGAUGACGACGAUUUUGAAGACGAACCGACAUCCUCCUCUUGCUCCUCGUCUUCGCCACCUUCCCGAUCAAAACGUGCAUAUAUGAAACGAGUAAUACAGAAAAAAGAUGAAGUGAGUGCCCGUAAAUCGUUGGAAUAUUUCACUCCGGAAGAAAGUCAAUCGAUAUUUCAUUUCAUUCUCUCACUGUGUCGAUCGAAAAAUCCAUUGAGAGAAGGACGAGUUGCGAAGAGAAGAGUCGAGUUGAAUUCCAGGGAUUUAUGGGAAAAGUGUAGAGAAUUGACAGGAUCCAGUAGGGAUUCACAUGCACACAAACAACAUUUUAUGCAUUUCUGUCGAAAACUUCACGAAUAUCCGAAUCUGACAUUGGAGGAGAAAGUGGAUUUAUACUAUGCAUUGGACAUUCGAGUCGUCGACGCAUCUAUCCGUGAAAAACUAAUUGAAAAAUUCGAAGUGGAAUUCAAUGAGACUGGAAUUAUUACGGGAAGUCUACUACUUCAUCAUUGGGAUAUUGUACAUCCGGAUAGUGAAAAUGAAGAAGAGGAGGAGGCGGAGUCAAAUAAAUCAAUGAAAUUCACGGAAUUCGAUGAUGGAAUGAUGUGGCAAUUCAUAGUUGAUCAGAUAAAAACAGGAGAGAUUUUGACGAAUUCGAAGAAAUUUUGGGAAGAGUUUCGAAAGAAACACGAGAAGAAGACGGGCGGACACAGAGUACCAGAGACUUAUAAGGCUAGAUACUUCCGAAUUCUUCUUCCGAAUCUCCACCGAAUGCCAUUCGACAUUGAGACAAAAGCGGCAUUGUAUUUCCAUUUGGAAUGUGCAGUACCUGAGGAAUUUAGAAAAGAACUGUCCGAUCGAGUGAAUGUGAAAUUAGAUGAAGAAGGAAUGAUCUCUGAGUAUCUAUCAUGUCCAAACCCUAUUGUCCUUCAAUCCCGCCCGUAUAAAUCGAUAAUUGGAAUCUCAUCAAUUAACAAAUUAUCCACUUUGAAACCACCGAAUACAUCGAAUGACACUAGACCGUACUCUACGGAAGAGGACGGUCAAAUGUGGCAAUAUAUUCUGUAUCGAAGUAAUGGAAAACGGAUAAAUCAGAAAAUGAAUGGAUGGGUAUUCUGGAAACAAUUCAUGUCACAUGUACACACUGAUAGAAGUUUGCAGAGUUUGAGUGAACAUUUCGUGAAGGACCUAAUGGAUAAUAUACAGUACCUACCAUACGACAAAAAGACCAAAAUGGAUCUCUAUUUUGCUCUGAACCACCCGGUUGAAGAUGAAGUACUCGCAGAGUUUGAAUCAGUCGCCAGUGUUGUUCUCACCAGAACAAGAUCCAUCAAAUUUGCGGCUGGAAAUGGUUUUUCGAUUGGACGGAGAGGACGAAACGGAGGAGAUGAAAGUGGAGAUGAGGGGAUUCAUUUAUCUGAGGAGACACGACGACACAAUACGAAUUUAUUCAAUCAGAUGCAUGAAAUGGCGAAGAAAAGGGAGAGAAUCGAGGCGACUGCAUCGAAUAGUGAUAGAUUCCCCUAUUUACCUCAAGGAAUACGACCACGUGUGAAAUAUAUCAGAAAAAGAGAUAGAAUUGCGGCGGCGAAGAGAGCAGAGAAAGCAGCGAGCCUCGCCGCGAAACAAUCACCAAACGAACCACCACCGUACUUUCCGAAUGAAAAGCUCCGUUAUCAAUAUUUCACAGAACUUGAAUAUGGGAAACGAGUAGAGGAUCAUAGAAGGAAAAAAAGAAUUGCGGAGGCGGAAGAGGAUUCAGAAAACAACGAGGAUGCGGAGACGGAAGUGAAACUGGAACCGAUGGAUUUUGUUUCAGAAGACGCGGAAAUCGAUGAGAAACCGACAAGGGACGAGCCGACGUCUUUUGAAAAGAUUCAGAAUGCUUUUUCGAUGAGAAUGGACCCACUGGAUUCUGGAGCACAAGAAGAGCGAAAACCGGAGAAAUUGUCAGUGACAUCACCGCCGAAAAUCCCAGAAAAAGAGCAAAAACCGGAGAGAUUUGAGGAUUCUGGAGCAUUGAAACAGGCUGGCACGGUGCCAAUAACGUCAAAACCCACACAGCUCAUAGUUAAAACCAUCCGGGAACGUGCCCCAUACUAUCCGGAAAUUGCGGAUUCAGAAGCGCCGACGACGAUUCCGCAAACCGUUUUUCGAAAAUUCAAAACGGACCACAACAAGGUUCCGGCAUACUUUGAGCAAGUGCGCCCUUCUAGAGCAGUCGAAACGGUACCGUAUGUGGCAUACGAUCAUCCCGCUCUUGACGUCGUCACAGAACAAAAACCGGAGAGAUUUGAGGAUUCUGGAGCCUUGACACUGGCUAGCACGGUGCCAAAAACAAAACUUGUUUGGGAACAUGUGCCAUACUAUCCGAAAAUUGGGAAAAUUAGGGAUUAUGAAGCUCCCACGACGUCAGAAGCACCAAAGAUUCCACCUAAAGUUCUCAGACCGCCCGGAAUUGGGUCCAGAAUUGAUCCACCUCGAAAACCCGUACCGUACCUCUACCCACCGUCGUACCGUACUUCUGCCAAAGUCAAGGGUACAGGCGCGACGAACAAGCCAAGAUUGACGGAUAAGAAGGAUUCUGGAGUCGAUGCGAAAACUCUUUAUAUGGCAAUGGGCGGAGCACCGAAAACCGAAUCGAUACCGUAUUAUUCAGAAGAGGAAGAAGAUGAGGAGGAGAUGGAUUUUGAUUCCGCCCCCACGUCGUCAGAAGCGGUUUUCAGACGCCCCAGAAUUGAUCCACGUCGGGAUCCAAUACCGUACUUCUGCCCACAGCAAUACCGUAUUUCUAUUCCGGAAGAGAUGGAUUUUGAGCCAAGAAUUCCAGAAUAUGAUCUGUCUUCUGAGAUUCAGAAACAACCGGAAAGAGUACCGUACUUCCCGGAGGCGGAGCCCGAGGAGGCGGAGCCAAAAGAGAGACAAUACAACCUCCGUUCCUAUGUAUACGAUAAGACGCCACCUCCAUUACCUGCAAACCGACAUGCCCCGCCCCUUUAUGUCGGGAGACGUUUUAUAGCGAGAAAAGUGCCAACUACCAAUUUUCUCCAGAAGAAACAAUUGGUACCGAUUGUGCCGAAACAACCGAUACCGGUGGCCACGAUGAGUACAUUCGACCCUAUUAAUUCUGGCAUUGAACCCAAUGGAUGGGUAGAAAAAAAGCCAAAGAAAGAGUUGAUUGUAUUGCAAGGUGGAUGGAAUGGAGAAACGAUGGAUAUGAUGAAUACACCGUCCUCUUCUUCAUCUGGUUUUUUGACACGUCCCGCUUCAAAACCAUCGAAAGUGAUGUUGGCAAUGGAAUUGUUCAACAAUCAGAAGCAUGUUCCAACUACUACUCCAAUCGAAGAACCGUUGAGACCUCAUUCCGAUGAAUUCGUCGAUUCGGCAAUCGAAGAAAUGGAGAUUCAUCUGAAAACCUUCUCGAAAGAGUUCUCCGACGCAAACUCCAAAUUGACACCAGCACAACGACAGAUGUAUGGAGAUAGGCUGUUGGGAUCCGUCAAAAUGUUCCAAGCGGGAAUCAAGAAAGCGAUCAUGAAGGAUCCGUCAUAA